AUGGGGGCUUACAUCAGUGUUCAAAUAGAGGUGCAGAGCCAGAAAGGUAAGCCUUCUGAAGAAUACCGAAGGCAGCUGGGGUGUUUUGGUGUCACAGGAGAUUUAGCCUUGCAGUCUGUUGCUAGCCUCUCCGGUGGCCAGAAAAGUAGAGUAGCUUUUGCAGCUAUGGCCAUGCUCCAUCCGCACUUUCUAAUAUUAGAUGAACCUACGAAUCAUCUUGAUGUGGAGACUGUAGAAGCAUUAGGAAUAGCUCUUCAACAUUUCACGGGAGGAGUAGUGUUAGUCUCCCACGACGAACAAUUAAUUGAACUGGUAUGUCAAGAAUUGUGGAUCUGUAAAAAUGGUUCCGUGUCAACUAUAUCAGGAGGAUUCUCGCAAUAUAGGAAGCUAGUUGAAGAUGAACUAGCUGCACAAACAUAG